AUACGAAAUUCAUCAAUAUAAUAUUAGCAUCUCUGAUCUCACCAAACCCAUUUUUCCUCAUUUCCCUUUCAAGUUACCUCUUUUACUCUCAUUUUCUUUUUCUCUCCCAUCCGCUUUCCGACUCAACUUUACCGACAACCGAUAAAGAUUUCUAUGUCGCCGGCAGCGGGACCAUUGUCACCGUCUGAAGAAGCUCCGAAAAUCUCGCCAUCAUUCACGGGAACCAGAGUUUUGAAUUCCGCACAGAAAGACAAUGUAAUCGAUUGGUAUCGAGGCGAAUUUGCAGCUGCCAACGCCAUUAUCGAUGCUCUUUGUCAUCACCUUGUCCAGAUUUCCGGUACCGGUAAAUCUGAGAUUCCGGCGGAGUAUGAAGUUGUAUUUGCAGCGAUCCAUCGAAGGAGGCUUAAUUGGAUCCCUGUUCUUCAGAUGCAGAAGUAUUUCACCAUUGCUGAUGUUGCUCAUGAGUUACGGAAGGUUUCCGAUCACAGGAGAAAGAAAGUUGUCGUAGCGGAAAAGAACGGAAAGAAUGAUGAGAUUAUCCAGAAAAUUAAAGAUGGUGAAAAUGUUAAUAAUGGCGGAUUCGAGAUGCAGGAAGCUGAGGUUAUUGAUGUUAAAUUUUGUAAUGGUAACGGUUGCGGUAGCGAAGGCGAUGAUUCUCGUGAUAGCGAAAUGACUGAUUCAGGUUCCCAUGAAGUACGGGAAACUAUUGAUCACAUUGAAAUAUGUGAUAACCAUGAAGACUGUAAUGCUCGUCGUGAGGAGAUCAAGUUGACAAAAGGUUUCGUAGCCAAGGAGCCAGUGAAAGGGCACAUGGUGAAUGUUGUAAAAGGCCUCAAGAUGUAUGAGAACAUAUUCACUGAGCAAGAGCUUUCUAAGCUAAAUGACUUUGUGAACACCCUCCGAGCUGCUGGUCAGAAUGGUGAACUGUUAGGCGAAACAUACAUUCUGUUCAACAAACAGAUGAAGGCAAACAAAAGGGAACAGAUUCAGUUUGGUGUUCCAAUAUUUGGACAUAUAAAAGACGACACAACAAUUCAAGAGCAAAAGACUAAAAUAGAGGAUAUUCCAGAGCUUCUUCAGAGCGUAAUUGAUCACCUUAUUCAAUGGCAAGUAUUGCCAGAAAAUAGAAAACCUAACGGUUGCAUUAUCAAUUAUUUUGAUGAGGGAGAAUACUCUCAGCCUUUUCUUAAACCACCUCAUUUGGAUCAACCACUAUGCACCUUAGUACUAGCUGAAUCAACGCUGGCAUUUGGGCGUACCCUUGUAAAUGAUGGGGAAGGGAACUUCAAAGGGCAACUCAUGCUUGAUAUGAAACAAGGGUCUCUUCUUGUCAUGAGGAACAACAGCGCUGAUAUGGCAAGGCAUGUCAUGUGUACAUCUCCUACAAAAAGAGUCAGUAUCACAUUCUCCAGGGUUCGUCCAAACAAUGUUCACAAGCAGUUCUCAGCACAAAUGAGUCCUCUACCUAGAGCCACGACUUUGUGGCAACCUGGAAUGCAAAACUCUCAAACAAUAUCAAAUGGAGAUGCAAUGGAUGUCCUACCAAAGUGGGGUGUUGUCCAAGCGCCUUUGAUGAUGCUGGCUCCUGUACGCCCUGUUGUUGUGAGCCCAAAAAGAAUUCCUCGUGGUGGGACUGGUGUUUUCUUGCCUUGGGCUGCUGGAUCCAGAAAACCGGCAAAGCAUCUACCUCCAAGAGCUCAAAAAAGAUGGUUCCUUUCAUAUUCUCGAGUUGAAGGGCAUGUCUCUGAUACCAUGUCUGACCCCGGUGUGGAAGGAAGAGCGAUGUGAUUCUAAGUUAUUUUAAGGCUGCAGCAACACCAGUUGACCUGAGUAAUGUACAUCCUCCUGGGGUGCCAGAUUUUAUACAAACAAGGUAUUUGAUGCUGCCUAAGCCGAUUUAAGUAAAUUUUCUUAAAUUGUGUUCAUUUUCUCUAGGUUCAAAGAAUAGUAUAAGGUAGUUUUGAUGGUAGUUUUGUACUAUUUGCUGCUAUACUUUGGUAGGCUUCUUGUGGGUUUAAAGCAUUGAGCUUUCAGAAUGGGAAGUAUGGGUGAGUUUGUAUCAAAUUAAGGCGGGUUUUUGUAUUUAUGUAACUAUUGUUUAUGAGCAUUGUUUGUUCACCCCAAUUAGCUUGUACCACAAUACUCCAACUGUACUAUUCAAUCAGCUACGUUUACGAAAAACACUCGAUAAAUGUAGCAAAUUGAAUUGAAUAGAAAAAUAAUAUUCUCUCUUUCGUAUUUGAAUUAGAAUUGAAGAAAACAAAUUUCAAAACAA